AAGCAGAAUGAAUAGUCAAAAUCAUUAGGAAGAGGGGCAGUCCACUUCAUUACUUUGAGUGGGCUUGGUUCAAGGACUUCUAAGCCCUGGAAACAGCAAGGGACCUCUGGAUCCUCACUGCACAGUAGAAGUUCUGCUUCACAAAGGAUUUGCCAGAAUGCUUAGCUCAAGCUAACUUAAAGCCAAGGGUAGUCUGAACAUCACUACUGGAUGUCUCAGAGUAAACAAAAUGGUCUAAAAUUGCUGAGCUGGAAUGACAUUUCAGAAGACUAUUGGGUGCUGGUAUGUUGUUGUUUUCUCAAAAGGAAAGUGCUAUAUGGUAGAACAAGUUUCAGAACUGUACUUUAUCCCACAUGAACUUGCCCAUCAGCCAAACUCUAUUGGAGGCCCUUCUCUGAGCACUCUGCCUUUUCUGGUAGGCAAGUGGCAACCAGAUGUCUACUUGCUCUGGUGGCCCCCAAGUACCAGCACUCCAUCAUUUGUUUGCCUGUUCCUGUUGUUCAGACGCCUGGAGAAAGCCAUCCUAUUCUAUUAUGUUCUGGUCUCUCCUUUUUUCCAAGGAGCUGCCCCUUUUAACAGACCCUGUGUGAUAGGUAUGGCAACAGCGAUGAUCACUGGCUCAAGGUUACCUGGUGAUCUUUCUGGCCAAGUGGGAACUAACCACUACACACACUACCUCCCACUAUCUCAGGCUUUAAUCCAGAUAUGAUUUGCCUUUUGUGGUAUUUGCUUUUCUUUUUAAAAAUGCUUCCAUGUCUCUCCAAGCUGCUCUUCUAGACGUCUUUCUACUUUCUCAUUGUCCACAAAUCUGAAGACCACCCAGAUGAUUGGCAAGUAGUCAAGAAGCUUAACAGCAGAGCAUAACCAUUUUUUAGUUCGUUUCUCUCUCCACUGUGCCCUAAAUUUGCUUUUUUUGGGGGGGGGUCUUCUCUAUUAUAUACCCUUGCACACGUGUUUACCAUUUGUAAAGAGAACUUCAUUGAAAUGUGCAUCACAGUGUCAGUUUUAAGAGUUGCAUACCUGUACAACAAGCAUUACCCCUGAUGAUUCCAAGCGGUCACAGGCAUUUAUCCCUAAUACGCAAGUGGUUUAAUAGGGUAAUAACAUAAAAAGUUAGUGCAAGCAAGGGAGUGGUACAGAACUGGGCUCAAAUUGCACUGCUUUAUCAGUGCACAACAUGGCUUCUGUGGUUACCAGCUCAGAAUUGCUGACAUUUUAGCAAUGUAUAGAUUCAGUUGACCCCUUCUGUGCCAGGCCUUGACCAGUACAGUCAAACUAAUUGGCCCAGAGCUAUCUGUAUUCCUGAAAAACGAUGGUAGUAAUGGAACAUAGGAUCAAUGAAGUUUGUAUGAACGGCACACACUCAAGAAGCACACUGAUAACUGAACACAAGCUAAGAUACCAACCAACAUACAAGAUUUCAACAGAUGUUCUGUGGAGUAGGAAUGCUUUUACUCACAGAAUAAACAAACUCAGCCAGACAAAAUAUAUUCCAUUCUUUUUCUCACUACUGCUUCACUGUCCAGAUGUUUCAAGUGGCCUUUUCCUGGCCAAGAAUGACCAGGUUAACUUUCCCUCAAUCUUUCUUUGUUUUCAGAUACCUCCACAAAUUUCCACUCCCCCUUGGGAAUAUGAACAUGAAACUCUUUGUUUUUGUUUUAGUUGACCUAAUAAAGUUACUACUCUAAUAUUCAUUAUGUUGGAAAGGGAAAUACUUUUACUUCUGCCAUGAAAGCCCAUGGACUGUUUUUUAGACUUAAAAUCUACCUGAUAGGGGAAGAUAGGCCAAAUGGGGCAGGGAUUCAGCAAUUUUUAGAUUCUCAGAAAGAGGGAUUUGGGGACUUGGAGCUUCAUAUCGUGUUGUGCAACUCUCAACACAAAUUGCAACUUAAAAUAGGCAGCAACUCAAAAACGUGUGUUUUUUUAAAAGCAAAAACUGAUGCAAGGUGAGACUUGAGUUAUAUGAACACCACUAAUAUCUACAAAUACAAAAUAUAAAAACAUAGGAAGCAGCUCACCUACCAGAUCAGACCAGAUACUUGUGAGAAGCCUUCAUCCUGAUAUGGUCGUGUCCCCCCCCCCCCAAAUUAGUACACAAUUAUCCUUGAAGAUUUAAUGCAAGACAUGCAAACUGAUGCACUUCCAGUGCUAUUGCAGAAAAGUAACCCAGCAGAGAGUGGCUGUACAAAGAGCAUCAAACAUGGAAAACAAGUGAUUAGGUAGCAAACGGGCUUUAAGAAAGCCAAAUAAACUUCACGACACCGAGAUAAUAACAUACUGUAUAGAUGGGUCUCCAGCAACACAGGCCAAACCAACUGAGCGAUACAUUAACUAGCUCUGAGCCUUUUUCUGCUUCAGUACUCACUGGACUUCAGUUUACAUAGAACACCUUUACAUUCUUAGGUUACCCAUUUAAAAAAAGAAGGUCCUAGAAUAUAACAUUCCUGGGACAAGGCCACUGAUCUUCCAUGAAUGCUGUGCCCUUGAAGAUGAUGUUAAUUAUCUUCCUAGAGAUCUAUUGCCGUUCUGUAGCAAGGGCAUUGCAAGUGGAAAACCUGUCUUCUGUGGUGAUUGUCGAUAUCAGUUCCGUGAUUCUCUGCAUCGUAUAAAUAAAGAGAACACAAGCUGGGGGUGUGCAGGCCAAAGUAGACGGGAUCUACUUUGUGCAUUUACGCUCCAUGAAUUUAAUGUAUGUCCAGAGGAAGGGAGGGAGGGACUGGCUAUUCCCAGAAUGGUUUAACAAAUCAAUCCCACUUCCUAAGGAACACUGAAAAUUGUAACUCUGUGAAGGGAAUAGGAGUCUCCUAACAACAGUACAGUUCCCAGGAAUCGGGGCAGGGGGUGACCCAUGACUAUUUACAGUGGUAUCAUAGUGCUUUUAAUGAAUGGUGUGAAUGUGGCCUGGGCUUACUAGAGGCAUAUUUAGGCAUAUUUAAACAUCUGAAGGCAGCCCUGUUUAGGGAUGCUUUUGAUGUUUAAUCGGUUAUUUUAUUUUAUUUUUCUGUUGGAAGCUGCCCAGAGUGGCUGGGGAAACCCAGCCAGAUGGGCGGGGUAUUAUUAUUAUUAUUACUACCACUACUACUACUACUUAUUGUCUCCUGCCCAGGAUUCUCUUCAAUGCACCUCUUAACUUUCCACCAAAGAGGUGAAGAGCUGCUUUCUCCCAUGGGAAGGAAUGGUAAAGUUCAGUAUUUGGGGAUAAUGUUGGAGAGGGGGCAAAAGCCAACAGUGGGUGGCCCACCUUCUAAUGGCAGGGGUCCCAUGUGGUGGUGUGUUGCAUCCACAGGACUCCCUACACCCACCUACAAUGCUUUUUCAAGGGUAUUAUCAACAACAGGGUGAAGUGGGGUAGCUUCUGAGGGACUGCAGGAAGCACACAUUCUCUCUCUGUAAAAGCAGCUCCAAUGUCCAAGGCUGGCCGGAUUUAUCAGCCAGGGGUUUGUUUACCUCUGUCAAAAUGCUUUGUCACAAGUCAACGGUUGUCUUUUGCACUGGUGACCUUUCGCCUUUUAUUUGCUUGUCUGCGACUAAAUAUGGCUGGUGACUUCACUUGAAGCAAGGUAGAGAAAAGGGGACCUCUGGAUUUCUUUAAAGCAAAAUCCAUCUUUUUGUUCCUACCACUGCUUUUAACACUGAAGAAUGCUAGCCUUCAGGUUUAGUUAUCCUCCCCCCCCCCCGAAACUUAUAUAAAAGUUGCCCGGGGUGGCUUAAUAAUUUAUAAACUAAUACUUUGACUUGGGGGUCAGAUGUCCUGUUGUUUAAGCAUAUUUCUGCUCGGCGCAAUUAGGAGCAGUGUUGUGAAUGACAGGCUUUGUACAAAAUGCCAAACUUCGAUGACAUUCUAGAGCACAUUGGGGAAUUCGACCUGUUCCAGAAAAGAGCCUUUUUUCUCAUUUGCUUCGUCUCUGCUGCCUUUGCCCCGAUCUAUGUGGGAGUCGUUUUCCUUGGUUUUAUACCUGAGCACCGUUGCCUGAAUCCUGGAGCUGCCGAGUUAAGCAGCAGGUGUGGCUGGAGCCCUGAACAGGAGGUGAAUUAUACGGUUCCAAAUGGAGACACUUUCACCCAUCAAUGUAUGAGAUACGAUGUGGACUGGAAUGCAACUGAGCUGAGCUGCACAGAACCGUUGGAAGCCUUUUCCAGUAAUAAGAACUUCUCUCUUACAACCUGCCAAGAUGGCUGGGUCUAUGAUCCUUCAAUAUGGUCCAUUGUGAGUGAGUUUAAUUUAGUAUGCGAAGACUCCUGGAAGUUAGAUGCAUUUCAGUCAUCUGUAAAUGCUGGAUAUUUUCUUGGAUCCAUAUGUGUUGGCUACAUAGCAGACAGGUUCGGACGUAAAACAAGUCUCUUAAUUAACACCCUGGUCACUUCCAUCGCAGGAGUUCUUGUGGCCUUGGCACCAAGCUACUUAUGGUUGGUGAUAUUUCGCUUCAUCCAAGGACUAAUCAGCAAGGCCAGCUGGACAGCAGGCUACAUUCUAAUCACAGAAAUUGUUGGUCCAAGCUACAGGAGGAUUGUGGCUAUUCUUUACCAAACAGCAUUUGCUGUCGGCCUCCUCAUCCUUGAUGCUGUGGCUUAUGCGAUUCCUCACUGGAGAUGGCUGCAACUUGCCAUUACUCUGCCAUGUUUCCUUCUUUUGUUCUACUACUGGUGCCUGCCGGAAUCUCCUAGGUGGCUGAUCUCUCAAGGACAGAAUGGCAGAGCUAUGGAAAUCAUGGGUGACAUUGCUAAAAAGAAUGGGAAAGUCAUGCCUGCCGGUUUUGAGAGUAUAAGCCUUGAAGAAGAGAAAGAAGAGAAAGAAAACCGAGGGCCUUCGUUGAUGGAUCUUGUGAGGACAACACAGAUGAGAAAAUACACUUUUAUUUUGAUGUAUAACUGGUUCACAAGUGCCAUCAUGUACCAAGGACUCAUCAUACACCUGGGAAUUUCUGGAGACAAUGUUUACCUGGAUUUUUUUUACUCGUCUCUAGUUGAAUUUCCAGCAGCUCUCAUACUCAUACUCACGACGGAACGCAUGGGCCGCCGCUAUCCCUGGGCUACUGCAAAUCUGGUGGCAGGAGCGGCUUGCCUUGUUGCAGCUUUCACCCCAGAAGAUAUGCACUGGCUAAAGGUUAUUACAGCUUGCUUGGGCAGAUUAGGAGUCACAAUGGCAUUUGAAAUGGUUUGUUUUGUCAAUACUGAAUUGUACCCAACAUUUCUCAGAAACCUUGGUGUGAUGGUCUGUUCAUCCAUGUGUGACUUCGGUGGAAUAAUUUCCCCAUUUGUUGUCUAUAGACUAGCAGAAAUCUGGCCCAAGCUACCUCUUGUCGUUUUUACUGCAGUUGGUUUGAUUGCUGCUGGAUCAGUGCUAUUUCUGCCUGAGACCAAAGGGAGAACUUUGCCUGAGACCAUCGAGGACGUAGAAAACUUUCAUCGGCACCGUGCUAAGCAGCUCAAUUAAUGACAAGCGAAUGGAAAGUAUUAUUUGAAAGUCAGUGUUCUUUCAACUAUAGUUUAUAAAAGACUCUGAGAAUUAACCAGCUUGUCUAGGAAAUAAAACUGUGAGGACUUUAACUGACUGUAAUGUAAAGGUCAUGAUACUAAAAAAUAAAUAUAUAUAUU